CCAAGAAAAUGGUAAUAAACCUAAAUGUAAACAUUUUCUUUUUUGUGUGCAGAUUCUCAGAUGGAGCAGCCUGUGGAGCUCUUAAGACCGCUGACCUUUGACUGCAUUCCCACAGUUGACCUUAGUUCCACUUUGCCACUAAGAGUACCCCCAGCUGCCAUCCCUAUGGACUUGCGUGUGGACCAGUCUUCUGGUGGGGAAGCAGCCACAAACAUAGGUGGUACAGGCUCAGAUACAGUGGAUCAAGGGAUGCAGGAGCAGCGGCUACAGCAAGAGAUUUUGGCCCUUAAACACAAGCAGCAGGUCCAGAGGCAGCUGCUCAUUGCCGAGUUCCAGCGGCAACAUGAGCAGCUUUCACGGCAACAUGAAGCCCAGCUGCAGGAGCAUCUCAAGCAUCAGCAGGAGCUCCUGGAGCACCAAAUGAAGCUUGAGAAGCAGCGGGCUGAGCAGGAGCUGGAGAAACAGCAGCGGGAGCAGAAACUCCAACUCCUCAAAAACAAAGAAAGGGGACAGGAGAGUGCAGUUGCCAGUACAGAAGUAAAAAUGAGGCUGCAGGAGUUUGUGUUAAACAAGAAGAAAGCACUUGCUCAGCGCAACCUUAACCACUGCAUGACCAACAACCCACGCUAUUGGUACGGGAAGACCCAGCACAGUUCUCUGGACCAGAGCUCUCCUCCACAGACUGGCAUGUCUCCAUUCAGCCACCCUACUGUGGGUGUCUAUGACUCGAAGGAUGACUUCCCGCUCCGCAAGACAGCAUCUGAGCCAAACUUAAAGGUGCGCUCUCGCCUGAAGCAGAAAGUUGCUGAGAGGAGGAGCAGUCCAAUGCUGUGCAGGAGAGAUAACCCCAUCAGCACAGCCAAGAAACGUUCACUGGACAUGGCAGACUCUGCAUGUAGCAGUGCUCCAGGAUCAGGCCCAAGCUCCCCAAACAACAGCUCCCACAGCAACCUGUGUGAAAAUGGCAUUGGCUUGGCCAUGUCCUCCAACAGCUCAGCUGAGCCGUCUCUAGCUAACAGUCUAGUGGGACGUGAUGGCUCGGUGAGUCAAAUGUCUUUGUACACGUCUCCAUCCUUGCCCAAUAUCACCCUGGGCCUGCCAGCCGCUGCCACCAACAACGUGACAUUCACCCAGCAGGACAGCGAACUUCUGCCCAUUACCAGUCUACCCAUAACCACUCCUUUCCUGGCCACCUCCCACCUACCAUCAUACCUGGGCACCUCUGACUCUACCAGUUCACAUAAUGCUUUACUCCAGCACAUGGUUCUGCUGGAGCAGUCAGCUCCUCAGAGUCCCUUAGCUACAGGCAUUAGUCCCCUUCCGCUACAGUCCCCUGCCCUACAGAAGCUAAGGCAGCACCGUCCUCUGGGUCGAACACAGUCUGCCCCUCUCCCCCAAAGCCACCAGGCUCUUCAGCAGUUAGUGGUCCAGCAGCAGCACCAGCAGUUUCUGGAGAAACACAAACAGCAGUUUCAGCAGCUUCACAUUAACAAGAUUUUGCCCAAGCCAGGAGAGGUGGGCCGGCAGCACCAAAGCCACCCUGAGGAGACAGAGGAGGAGCUAAGGGAGCAGCAGGACUCUACCCAGGUGGAAGGACUACCUCUGAGUGUCAUCAUCAAGCAGGAGCCCCCGGAUCCCCAAGAGGAGGAGGAAGCACAAAAUGAACAAGAGUUUCUCUUUAGAAAGCAAGCCCUUCUACUGGAGCAGCAGAGGAUUAAUCAGCUGAGGAACUACCAGGCCUCCAUGGAGGCUGCUGGCAUGUCAGUUACCUUUCCAGGACACCGCCCUCUCUCCAGGGCCCAAUCGUCUCCAGCAUCAUCCUCCUUUAUUACCGUACAGGAGCCGCUGUCCAAACCUUGCUUUACUACAGGUCUUGUAUAUGACUCACUGAUGCAGAAGCACCAGUGUAUGUGUGGCAAUACUAGCACACACCCCGAGCAUGCAGGCCGGAUUCAAAGCAUCUGGUCGCGACUGCAGGAGACAGGCUUACGAGGGCAGUGUGAGUGUAUUCGAGGAAGGAAGGCCACUUUAGAGGAGCUACAGACAGUGCACUCUGAGGCUCAUGUCAUGCUGUAUGGCACCAACCCGCUAUGCCAAAAACUAGACAGCUCUGUGAUGUCCAUGUUUGUCAGAUUGCCUUGUGGUGGUAUUGGGGUGGACAGUGACACUAUCUGGAAUGAGGUUCAUUCCUCAAGUGCAGCACGUCUGGCUGUUGGCUCUGUGGUUGAACUUGUCUUUAAAGUGGCAUCAGGGGAACUUAAGAAUGGCUUUGCAGUGGUGCGACCUCCUGGACAUCAUGCUGAAGAGAGCACUCCUAUGGGGUUUUGUUACUUUAACUCAAUUGCCAUAGCAGCAAAACUUCUACAACAGCGACUUAAUGUCAAUAAAAUACUGAUUGUUGACUGGGAUGUGCACCAUGGCAAUGGAACCCAGCAGGCUUUUUAUGAUGACCCCAGUGUUCUUUAUAUCUCUCUCCAUCGGUACGAUGAUGGGAACUUCUUCCCAGGCAGUGGGGCUUCUGAUGAGGUGGGGAGUGGACCAGGAGUGGGUUUUAAUGUUAACAUAGCUUUUACUGGUGGUUUGGAUCCACCUAUGGGUGAUGCAGAAUACCUAUCUGCCUUCAGAAUGGUACUGAUGCCUAUUGCGAUUGAGUUUGCUCCAGACAUUGUGCUGGUGUCUGCAGGUUUUGAUGCUGUGGAAGGACACCAGCCUCCACUGGGAGGCUAUAAGGUCACCUCCAAAUGUUUUGGUUACCUAACGAAACAACUGAUGGGGCUGGCCGGAGGUCGUGUAGUGCUGGCAUUGGAAGGAGGUCAUGACCUCAAAGCCAUAUGUGAUGCCUCAGAGGCCUGUGUAUCUUCUCUACUAGAGAAAGAGUUGGACCCACUUUCACAAAAGCUCCUGAAACAGAGACCCUGUGCAAAUGCUGUGAGCUCUUUAGGAAAAGUUCUUGAAACCCAAUCUAAGUACUGGAGGUCGGUUCAGCACUUCAUGUCCACAGUAGGCUUUUCUCUUCUGGAAGCUCAGCAUUGUGACUCAGAUGAAAAUGAGACCGUCAGUGCCAUGGCCUCUCUGUCGGUAGCCACUAUGGAGAAAAGGACAGAUGAAGAGCCAAUGGAAGAAGAGCCACCACUGUGAUCAUCUAAUGAAUUGUAUUGAAAUCUGAUUCAUACACUUACAGGUCCUCUGGGUCUCUGUGUGUUUCCAUUUGUGUCACCUGGCUGAGGGCAGUGUUUGGCAGCCCAGACAGCAGUGAGGAGGGUGCAUCAGGGCAAAAAGCCUAACUAGGAAAUGUUAGUGCUGGCACCACUGUGGCCCCAUGCAAAGCACAGUUGCAGAGACUCAGGAUGUUUAUUGGCAAUGUCUGGGAUGGUGACCAUUACCGACCUGUCACUUGGUGUUUUGGGCCAUUAUCUUCAGCCAGUAGUUAAAUAUUAAGAGACCGAUACAGAUGGACUAUGGAUUUAAACUGAGGUAAAAGAAAAUAGAAAAGGGUCUAAUCACCCCUCUCAGGCAAACUGGAAAUUACUUGUUACGUAAUAUUGUGGAUCAUUUUGUGCAGCUCAUGCUUUAUAAACUUUGUGUGUAAAGCAUAGAGACUGCAGAUGUGUGAAGUAGUUUUACCACAAGAUGGUGCUGCUGUCUGAUCAGCAUCUCCACAGUUCAGAGGUGGUUUAACCACACAAGUGUGUGCCUUUAUUGACAGCCAAUGAUUUAAGAAGGAAUUGCACCUUAAGUCUGCCUUUUCAAAGCAGGGGACUUCAUCCACCGUUACAGUGGAUUGGUGGUGGUUUGGUUGACGAAACUUACAAAUAGUACAAAAUACUUUCCUGCAUGAUUACUUGGAUAGUGGUUUUGACUGUUAAGUGGAAAGAUAAUGUAUGGACAUAACUUUUCCUUAACCUUUCCUUGUCCUAAACAAUGUGCUGUACAAAUGCUUCAAACAGUAGCUACCAGCAGAACUCACGUGACAUAAGUCUGUAGUGUAGCCCAUUGUUACUCCAUGUAGCUUUGUGAAAGAAAUGCUGGAGACCCUUUUUCUAGAAAGGGUGAUGCAGCUAAGGCACUAUUAGAGAAAAUUUAGGUUUAAAAUAAGAAUGCUUUUAAGAUUAAUUUAAAUGUGAAAAGAAAUGAAAAUCUAACCAAAGCAUGGAUUUGCACCAUGUUUGCACCACUGUUAAAACACCAACUACAUCAAAUUGUUGCUGUUCUGUCACAAAAACUUAUCGAUGAAAGUGAAUAAGUUAUUAAAGAAAGAAGCACUAGGUUUAUGUUUCGUCCUUAAUGAGAAAGGCCAGAAGCAAUCGUAUUGGAUUAUGUUCUUAAUCAAUUGUAUUAACAUGGUAAGAAAACCACAGAAAAAUGAGGACAAUCAAAAGAGAAAAGUAAGCAUGAUAAUGAAAUUGUAACUAGUUUAUUACAGCAUGUAAGAUGUUGUAUUUUGUCAAGUUGCACUUAAGUUUGACUUUCUGUCAAAGGUUUACCCCCUUCCCAAAACAAAAAUUAAAUAGGUAAACUCAUUAAUAUCAUUAUAAAUUUCUCUUGCUUUGUACAUUCAAACGUUUUAGUCGUUUACAUCAUUGUUGCCACUAAGACUUUCUACCGUUAUUUAAAAUCAUUCCUGUUUUGUACUACUUUUUUAUUGAUUUUUUAUAUUUUCCAUUUGUACCAUUCAUCAUUUUAUGUGUUUUACCAUUGUUUGUGUAGAUUUAUAUUUAAUUAGCUGUUUGGGUACAGUAUACAUUUGCUACCAUGUACAUGUGAUGAACAUUUGGCUUUUGACCAGAUUAUGACUUCUUCUAUUUUGUACAUUUGUCAUGUGUAACUGUAUUCACUUUGUUAUGUUGAAAGUAAAUUUGUAUAUAAAAUACAAUAUAUUAUAAAAAUAA